UGCGUGACGCAGAGAUGGCUAUUCAAUCCUAAACCGUAAAGCCUAUUAAUAUUGUCUAAUUUUCUUCCUUAUAAUUAGGUUAAUAAAUAUGCAGUUUUAAAUGCUAUUUGAAACGAAUUGUUUAUUCCCUGUGCUUGGAAUUUGAUGUUCUUUAAGUCUCGACAUCAGGUUAUUAACGACCGCAACAAAACCAAUUAGUUAUUGGCAAUAAUACCCUGGGCCCCAUUUGCAGUCUGUUACUUGGAAGUGACGUGAUGUUGAUAUAUCAUGCGGACAGAGGAUCAGUUUACUAAAUAAGGCUUUGAGAUCAAGUUGCCAAGAGGGAGCCUAUAACAAAGUGCGCCGUGCAGUUCCUCGACCUCAAAUCGCUUUUGCUUUAUUUGGGAGGUUUUGAUUGCAAAAGGCUGCGGGAUAGAGAUUUGACAGACCUGCUGCUGUGUAUAUCAGGUGCAUUUUUUCACACCGGCGGUGCUCUUGAAAUCCACUUUUCAGGCAGGAUUGGAGAGCCGUGAGUGAUUGAUGACCCUGAACCUGAUAACGGAGAGUAAACAUGCCGAGGUCAUUUUUGGUGAAGAGCAAACGGGCGCACAGUUAUCAUCAACCCCGUUACCUGGACGACAACUGCAUCCCAACUGAGAAACUUCUCACGUGCCAAGAAAGUCAAAUGGGGCAAAUCCCCGAGAGUCCGGUGGAUGUGGGAAAUCAUUCCCCUAAAGCCAGCAUGGUGUGCACGGCGGACCAUUCCUCCCAACAGUCCCCGCUGAGCUGCGAGGGCAGUGUGUGUGACCGCUCAUCCGACUAUGACGACUUCUGGAGACCCCUGUCCUCGGGAACCUCUCCAGAUCUGGAUAAAUCGGUGCCUUCUCCAGACGACUCUCAGCCUUUCGACUUGUCUUUUCGUCCUUAUGUUUGGGCCCAUUCAACAUCCGAGCUCAGACACCUCAUUCAGUCUUGCAACCGUGUUUCUGUGGAUUCAGAGACAUCAAUGGGGGUGUAUGAUGCCAUGGACAGAAGGCCGGGUGCCCAUCUCCUCAUUGAACCAGCACAAUCUGGGCGAUUUUACCAGGACUAUGGCUCCCUGAACACUAACCUGUUGGAUAGUAGAGGCUUCUAUGCAGACUUCAAGAUGUCAACUAAAGUAGCAGAGAUUGAUUCGGAGUCUGAUAUUAUGUCCACGCGAAUUCAACUAAGCGGCUCGUACAAAUGCGUAAAAUGCACUAAGGUGUUUUCGACCCCUCAUGGGUUAGAAGUUCACGUGCGGCGGUCUCACAGUGGCACGAGGCCCUUCGCGUGCGAAAUCUGUGGAAAAACGUUCGGCCACGCGGUCAGCCUGGAGCAACAUAAAGCUGUCCAUUCACAAGAAAGAGUCUUCAGCUGCAAAAUCUGCGACAAAAGUUUCAAGAGGUCGUCCACUUUGUCCACGCACCUCCUCAUCCACUCUGACACCAGACCAUAUCCCUGUCAGUACUGCGGCAAACGAUUCCAUCAGAAAUCAGAUAUGAAGAAACACACGUUCAUUCAUACAGGUGAAAAGCCACACAAGUGUCAGGUGUGUGGAAAAGCCUUCAGUCAGAGUUCAAACCUCAUCACACACAGCAGAAAACACACAGGAUUCAAGCCUUUCGGAUGCGAACUGUGUAGCAAAGGAUUUCAACGCAAAGUAGAUCUGAGGAGACACAAAGAAACGCAGCAUGGACUAAAAUAACGCAUUUUUUUCCCCUUACAUAUGUUUGUUUGCACAUGCAUGUGACACUAUGUAGAAUUAGAAGGUAAUAUUGUGUGGGUUUUAUGGAUUUAGAAAAUAACACAUUUAUUUGCUGUCAGAGAUUUCCGAUACACAGUUCCAAGUAUUUUAUAACAAGCUAGGAUAUUUUGUUCCAAAUAUUUAUUAAACGGAAAACAAAGUAUUAGUAAAUCCAGCUGAAAUUUCAUCAAGAGCAUUACCUUGCAUUUGUAUUUAACAUAAAAUUCUUCAGAGUGAAGAAUUCUUAAUAAAUUCUGAAGCAGAG